AUGGCCUCCUCUGUGCCAUGGCACCAGCGCCGCGCGCAUACUCUUACGGCACGCGGCGCGCAUGCACAAAAACAUACUGAGCCAGGCGCCCAGGUAUGGGCUUUGGAUGAAGAUAUUGACCCGAUGGAUACCCGAGCUGCUCCUGAGCGCUCCGCUUUGGACGGCGGAGAGACCAAGGGACACUCUCAGCCAUACACAAAAAAUGCGCUGGACCGCCUCGAAAGCUGGCUUGGACUCAAAGAAAGCGCCGCCGGCCCAUCUACUCCCCCGCCGCGCCACCACCGCACCACAGCCGAGCACGGCAGUAUGGCAGAGGCUGUGCCCAAGGUCCCACGGCGAACAAGCUCGACCAUUCAGGUCAUGGUCCAUCCCGUUGUUGAAACAGAUACGCUGGAAGGUAUUGCUCUGCGGUACGGCGCCGAUGUGCACACCCUCCGACGAAGCAACGGCUUGUGGCCCGGCGAUGCGGUGCAGAUGCGCGAACAUCUCUAUAUCCCCGUUGACAGCUGCCGCUGGCGCCCGCCGAAUGCUACUAUUGAAGCUGUGGAACGCAAAGCGGAUGGAUCGCUCCAGGGCAUCGUGCAGGCCGGCUCAUCUGCGCAGCCUGAAAGUGUGACGGUCACGCAGGUCGACGCCAAGUCUCUGCGCUUCUUCCCCGCUGACCGUGCAAGACCAGCUCGUGGCGUGCCCAUGAACAGCGACAUGGGAGCCUCAGGUAUCGACGACUUGAUCCAGUUGCAGCAUAUGCGCCGCAACCGCGGUGGCACACAGGCGCCCAAGCCACGCGAUCGACCUGUGCUCCAGAAGCGCCCUGAGCCCGCGAUCGACCCGACUUGGCGUCCCAAUACGCGCACGCUUGGCCACAAAACGUCCUUGAAGCAGCCGGUUUCGCGGGACGAGCUGAUAGAAGAUCAUUGGGACCAAGAAGAUGCGCCGCGCGACACGGCGCCAGAGCCACCAACAUCCAUGCGCCUUGACAAGCUGCUUCGCGGACCAACUGUCAAUCCUGGUGCAGCCAAUUGGAUCCGGCCUAUCCACGAGAGUCUGCCGCAACAGGUGCCACGCCAAGCGGGUUCAUCGGGACACUUGUGGUCCGAUCUAUUCAGCGGACGUGUGAGCAUCGAAGAUGCAUUACAUGUGGCGGUAGAUGAAUGGCGCCACGUCUCGCAACGAGCCCGCCGGCGAAACGAACCUGCCCUGCCUAUGUAA